AGGCUUGGGUGGGUGGUGCCGUAUGUCCAACCCCCCAGGCACCAGGUUGCUGCUGGUAAACACACACUCCCGAUUGACGGCUCGGCAACUUUUACAGGGCCGGGACCCAGACUCGGAGGUGCAGAGGCAGAUCAUGGCUUCAGCGACCUCGGCGUCAGCCGGCAGCCGUGCGGUGGCCACAGCCGGCCGUCUCCUCUCGUCCAAACGAGCCGCGCCGUGCGGUCCGGGACUCCGCCGGCUCAGCGCGGUGCAAGCGGGCCGGAGCUGCAAACUGCGCGGCGCUCCCUUGCAAGACGUGGACCGCUCGGCGCCGCUGGUCGCUCACCACCAGAUCGCCCGCUCCCUGGUCUACAAAGACGUCAGGAUGUUCCUGAACGAGAUUGGCGCCGACCCCCGGGAAGCCCGCUACUGGCUCACCCAGUUCCAGAACGCCAGCACCAGGCUCUUCGCCGUGGUGGAAGUGGAUGAAGAGAUCUUUUGCUCGAAAGAGAUGGUGUCCAGUCUGGCGUUUGGCUUGGCAUUCCUGCAACGUAUGGACAUGAAGCCUGUUGUUGUAAUCGGAUUAUCUAGUCAGUACAGUGAAGAAACGUCACAUUCAUUUGCGGAAACUAAAUCCUUACUACUGAGGAAUUGCAAGAUCCUGACUGACGCACUGCACAGGAACUCAGCUGUCACCAUGCCGUUUUUUAAUGGCGGGGCCAUGCUCCAUGCAAAGAGGCCUUCAUUUCCCAAUAGAUUUGGGAGCGUUGUUUCAGUUGACGAGCAGCUACUAAGUUGGAGCUUGGAGUUGGGUCACAUUCCUAUCAUCUGCUCUGUGGGAGAGACCUCCGAUGGACAACUGGUGCCUUUAAAUUCCUUGGGUGUCACGGCACACAUUGCAAAGAUCAUGCAGCCUCUGAAAGUGAUGUUUCUGAACAACUCGGGAGGUCUUCGGGACAGUAAUCAAAAGUUUCGUCGUUGUCAAAACGCUGCUUCAAGUGCCAACGUGCGUUUUCAGGGUCGGACUAUCUCUGUUGGUACCAGCUGUGAGGAGAGUCUACAGGUGGUGGGACAGGUCAAUCUUCCAUCUGACCUCGAUCUUCUAUCAAAUACUAACUGGAUUACUGACAAAGAGGAACAGAAAGCCAAGGUGAUAACCGAUCUGCUCAACCACAUGCCCUCAGAAUCUUCUGCAGUCAUCACAUCAGCCGACACCAUUCUCGCAGAGCUCUUCAGUCACAAAGGAGCGGGAACUCUUUUCAAAAAUGCAGAACCCAUCCGCAAGUAUACAAACCUUGAGGAAAUAGACACAGGCCGUCUAAUAAUGCUCAUAAAUAAAUCUUUUGGGAAAGAGCUAUACGAGGACUACAUGUCAGCAAUAAAGCCCAAGCUACAUUCUGUUUAUUUGUCUGAAGGGUACAGUGCCGCUGCAAUUAUCACCACAGAAGCUGUCUUGAAUGGGAUGCCCUAUCUUGAUAAAUUUGUUGUCAGUACGAGUAAACGGGGCCAAGGGACGAGUCUGAUGUUAUGGGAAUGUAUUCAACAGGACUUUGAGUCACUUUUUUGGAGAUCAAGAGCAACAAACAGAAUCAACCCUUGGUAUUUCAAGCAAUGUGAUGGAAGCUUUACAACUGGACAAUGGAUAGUAUUUUGGUACGGCCUAUCGAAUAUGCGUGAAUCUUACGACUUGGUGGACUAUGCUGAAAAUUUGCCCGAUUCUUUUAUCAAACCAAAGGUGCCUGUAAAUGAGCAAACUUCUUCUCUGACAGAAAACUAAAUUGCUUCACUUAAUGCAUUAUUAUUUUUUUCCAUCUAUGUCCAAAAAACAAUUGUACUGCAAGGUUAGACAUGCUUCAGUUUAUUGCAAAGAUUAUUGGUUUGAAUCGCUCUUUUUUUACAAGCUUACCUUCAAAUACUAAUUAUGGUAAAAGAGGGGUGACGUCUACUUAAAUUAACCAUGCUUUUGUGAAUAAAACUAAAGCUAAUGAAACCUCCAGUAACGUGAUGGUUUUAAAGCUAACUUCCCUAGUCUGUCACUGGAUUUUAAUAUUUUGUGAUCGAUGGUAACAAAGUAAUUAGUAAGCAUUCUUUAAUUAAAGCUAGAUCAAGUAUAACAGGGAAGCUUAUGACCAAGUUUAUCAAAAACCUGACUAAAUGACUCGGUUAGAUUGCCUUGGGAGACAAUUGAGCAUCUAUUUUGGCAGGAAGAGGGGUCGGGUUGAUUUUGGGAAAGAAUGAACACAAAGUGCAAUCUAUUAGAAGUCAGUUU